AUGCAAUUGCUUCAAUUCCUGGCUUUGGCUACUGCUGUUGGCCCUCUGGUCUCGGCUCACCCUGGUCACCACGAAGAAGAUGCUACUCCCGAGUUGAAAGCGUACAAGUCUCAUGUUCGUCGCUCGGCAGAGAGUUGUUCUUUCCACUGGGAACAGAGUGGAAUGAAGGCUCGUGCAAUUGCUCGUCGACAGGCUACUAUCGAUAUGCACCGCCGUCGUCUUAGCAAGAAGGACACCAGCAAGGUGUUGAACACUUCUCAUUACGAGGAGAACGUUGGUCUGAACUCUGCAUUCGAGGAAGUUUGGUCUGCAGACAGUAUUCCUCUUAACCCUGAGGGUGAGAGUGGACCUUACUGGGUCGUUGGCGAGCGUCUUCGCUCCAACAUCCUUGAGAGUCAGCCCGGUGUGCCAGUUAUCAUUGAGGAGCAGUACAUCGAUAUCGAGACCUGCGAGCCUAUCACCGACAUGUUUGCCGAGAUCUGGGGCUGCAAUGCCACAGGUGUCUACUCCGGUCUAGUUGCAGAUGGUAACGGCAACACCGCCGAUACCGCCAACCACGACACCACUUUCCUGCGCGGUAUCCAGCGAACAGACGAGGAUGGAGUUGUGACCUUCCUCACUCUGUUCCCCGGUCACUAUGACGGACGUACUAGCCACCACCACGUUGUUGCUCAUCUGAACACUACUCUGCUGCCCAACAACACUCUUGCUGGCGGUUAUACUCCUCACAUUGGUCAGUUCUUCUAUGACCAGGACCUUAUUGAGAAGGUUGAGUCUACCUACCCGUACAACACAAACAAGAUUCCUCAGACCUACAAUAAGGUUGAUCGUGUCUUCUCGCAGGAGACUGAGGGCACUACCUCCGACCCUGUCUUGCACUAUGCGUAUCUUGGUGAUAAGCUUGAGGAUGGUAUCUUCGCUUGGGUUCAGGUUGCUAUUAACACCACUGCUCACCAUUACCCAUACUACACCAAUGUUCUUACUGCUGAUGGUGGAAAGAACGUGACUGGAACUGAUUGUGGUGAUUACACUGUUAUUGAUGGUGGUCUUUGCGAUACCAGCUCUUCUAGCAAAUAG